AUGCGUCGUUUAAAUCGUGAUUGGUAUGUUGAAUUUCCUGAUUGGUUAGAAUAUAGUGUAAGUAAAGAUGUGGCCUAUUGUUUGUACUGUUAUUUAUUUAAGGGCAAUAGCAAUCGUCAAGGUGGAGGUGAUGUAUGGUCUGGUUUGGGGUUUAGGAAUUGGAACAAAAAGGAUAGUUUGACAAAACAUAUUGGUGGGCCGAAUAGCAUCCAUAGUCAAUUAAAAAGGAAAAAUGAAGAUCUAAUGCGGCAACAACAAUCUAUUCAUGCUGCAUUUGAUAAGCAACUUAAUCAAGAUAAGCAUGGAUAUGAGAUCCGCUUAGCAGCUUCAAUUCGUGUAGUGAGACUUCUUGUGAGACAAGGAUUGGCAUUUCGGGGUCAUGAUGAAUCUAAAGCAUCACUUAACAGAGGUAAUUUUCUUGAAAUUCUUUCAUUUUAUGCUCAAGAGUGUGAUAAAAUUCGUAGCUUUGUAUUGGAAAAGGCUCCUCAAAAUGAUCAAAUGACUUGUCCAAUGAUUCAAAAAGAAAUUGUGCUUGCUUGCAAGAUUGAAACAAUUAAGGGUAUCAUAAGGGAAUUAAAUGGUGACUAUUUUUCCUUAUUGGUUGAUGAAUCUUUUGAUGUAUCACGCAAGGAGCAAAUGGCAGUUGUUUUACGAUAUGUUGAUAGAAGGGGAUUUGUGAUGGAGCGACUUCUUGACAUUGUUCAUGUUAAAAAUACUAGUGCUUUAGCUCUAAAAGGUGCAAUUGUCAAUUUACUUUCUCAACAUUCCUUGAGUCUAUCUUGUGUGCGUGGACAAUGCUAUGAUGGAGCAAGUAAUAUGCAAGGUGAUAUCAAUGGCCUUAAAAUGUUGAUUAAGAAAGAAAGUAGAUCGGCUCAUUCCAUUCAUUGUUUUGCUCAUCAACUUCAAUUAACUCUUGUUGGUGUUUCGAAAAAAUGUCUUCAAGUGGGAGAACUUGUACACUUGGUUUCGGAUAUUUUGAAUGUGUUGGCGGCUUCUUAUAAACGUAUGGAUGAAUAUCGAGAAUCUCAAAGGAAAAGAAUUCAAGAGGCUUUAGAAAAGGGCGAGCUUAAAACUGGUAGGGGCUUGCAUCAAGAACUUGGUAUUUCUAGAGCUUGUGAUACUCGUUGGGGAUCUCACUUCAAAUCUUUUAAUUGUUUUAUUCUUCAAUUUGGUACAAUAAUGGAUGUACUUGAUACUAUUGUUGAAACUGCACAUAGUUUGGAUGAAAGUGCCAGGGCGACGGGAUAUAUCAGAGUUGCUCAAACGUACGAGGUUGCAUUUAUAUUACAUUUGAUGAAAGAAAUUUUAGGAAUUACAAAUGACCUUAGUACAUGCUUACAAAAAAAAGAGCAAGAUAUUGCGAAUGCCAUGCGACUUGUUAAUGUGGCAAAGAUAAGGUUGCAAGAGUUAAGGGAAGAUAAAAAAUGGGAUUUGUUUGUUGCUGAGGUAUCUACGUUUUGUUUCAAGUAUAACAUUGUGGUACCUAAUUUUGAUGAGUCGUAUGUUAACUCAGGGAGAUUUCGGCGUAAACCUGCUGAUUAUACUUUCUUGCAUCAUUAUCAUGUUGAUGUAUUUUGUCAAAUAAUUGAUUGGCUACUGCAAGAACUUAAUGAUCGUUUUGAUGAGGAGAUAGCUGAGUUACUUUAUGGAGUUGCUUGUUUGAAUCCACUAGACUCAUUUUCAAGUUUUGACAUCCAGAAAAUAAUGAGAAUGGCUAAAUUAUACCCUGAUGACUUUGAUGAAUUUAGUAUGUGUUCUCUUGAGAAUCAGCUUGCGAAUUACAUUAUUGAUGUUCGUGAUAUUGAUAAAAGGUUCUCCGAUUUAAAUGGGCUUUGUGAUCUUUCAAAAAGACUGGUUCGGACAAAAAAGCAUUCAUGUUAUCCUCUUGUAUUUCGUUUAGUGAAAUUUGCUUUGCUUCUCCCAGUUGCCACUGCAUCCGUUGAAAGAGCUUUUUCGGCAAUGAAGUUUAUUAAGAAUGAGUUGCGGAGUCGAAUGAAUGAUGAAUUCUUGAGUGGUUGCAUGGUUCCUUUUGUGGAAAAAGAUGUGUUUAAUGAUGUUUCAACUGAUGAUAUUAUUUUGACUUUUCAAGCAAUGAAACCUCGUCGAGUAGUGCUAUAA